GCUAAAUAUAAAGAUAGCCGAUAACGGUGCAGCGCCAUAUGCACCCUUCACUUUUAAUCCUCAAAGUCGCGCGCCGGAUCUUCUCCUGACCGUCAUCUCUCUCGACGACAUCUCGACUGGAAGGCCUCCGCUCAGCAUUCUUGACGGGUUUUUCCUAGGAAUUUUCGGUCAUGGCAUCGCAGUACGAUAUCGAGGACAAGGAGAAGGGCGGCUACGAGUCUCCAUCUCCGGCAGAGCUCCACACCGUUCACCUGGCAGAGAAGGAUCCGGAUUCUGCGUUGAUCAACCGAUUCGGUCGUUUGGGACCAGUUUUGUCGAAGGUGUUUGCUAGUGGUGUGGAGGCGAGAGGUGUGGAGAGGGUGCCGGAGGACCAGCGUGAAGGAAAGCACGCGUGGAACAAUCUGUUGAUGUGGUGGUCCGUAAACACGGUUUUGACCACCAUCCCAAUUGGUGUGCUCGCCCAGGAAUACUACGACCUGACUCUCCCCCAUGCAAUCGCUACUAUCAUGUGUUUCGGAGCUCUUGGUGCUGUCGCCACAGCAUUUAUAGCCACCUUAGGGCCCCAGACCGGCUUGCGUACCAUGAUCAUCACUCGUUUUAGUUCCGGUUACGUCGGAUGCACGAUUUACUCCAUCCUCAAUAUCCUUACCCAACUCGGGUUCUCCACUACCGCCGUUAUUCUCGGUGGCCAAACACUCGCGAGCAUCAAUCCGGGAACCUUGCCACUUGUGGUAGGGAUCAUCAUCGUUGGGGUGUGCAGUUUGAUUCCUUGUUUCAUUGGAUAUCAUAUGGUACAUUAUUAUGAAAGAUAUGCCUGGAUGGUUAUUUUCAUCGUCAUGCUCUUCUUGUGGGGACUGGGAGGGAAGGCCGGAUUCGACAUCAACGCUGCGAAGGCUGAUGAACCUACUGGCCGCGAUCUUUCUGCGGGCAUCAUCAGCUUCGGCGGUAUCGUCUUUGGAUCAUUCUCUGGUUGGGCACCCGUCGCAGCGGACUACAAUUGUCGCCUUCCCGUGGAGACCUCUUCGUACCGUGUUUUCAUCCUGACCUUCUUUGGCCUCUGGAUCCCAAUCUGCUUCGCUGAGAUCUUGGGCGCCGCACUCAUGACGAUUACAGACCCGGCUUACACUGAUGCCUUCGCUGCCGACGCCACAGGUGGUCUCCUCGCUCAAGUCCUUUCUCCCUGGAAAGGCGGAGGAAAAUUCUUACUCGUCGUACUCGCCUUCUCCGUUGUCGCCAACAACAUCCCAAACACCUAUUCCGCCGCCCUCUCCAUCCAAUCUCUCGGCCGUCCCUUCGCACUCGUCCCCCGCUUCCUCUGGACCAUCCUCAUUUUCGUAGGCUACACCGUCGCCGGCGUAGCAGGCCGCGAACACUUCUCCGAGAUCCUAUCCAAUUUCCUGGCCAUCCUAUCCUAUUGGACGGCGUUCUUCAUCGUCAUCGUCGCGGAGGAACAUUUCUUGUUCAGGAGGAGUGGGUGGGGAUUCGGGUAUGAUUUGGAUCAUUGGGAUAGUCCCACGAGGUUGCCGGUUGGGGUGGCGGGCGUUGUGGCGGGGUGUUGUGGGGUUGCGGGGGCGGUUGUUGGGAUGGCGGAGGUCUGGUAUACUGGACCGAUAUCAUGGCUCGCAGGAAGCGAGACUCAAGGCGCCGACCUUGGGUUCGAGCUCGCUGCUGCGUUCGCGGCCGUCACAUAUCCUCCACUACGGUGGCUCGAGAUUCGUCUCACGGGGCGGUAACGCUUCGUCGGACUCGAAGCUUUCCCGACUGACGCUCGGGCUUAUUUAUACCUUGCGUUGUUUAUGGUCUGUAUUUUGGUGUCGUAUCUUGACAUGAUAUGGGGCAACGUUGAAGUCGCGCCUGUAAUUCAAGCAGGCGUUU